GGCACACUCUUCCUUCAGGGAAGGAGAGAGAGGGGGCAGGAAAGGGAGGGAGUGAGAGAAACAGAGGGAGAGAGGGAGGGACCACUGUGAGUGGUGAGAAGUGUCCCAGGCAGUGAGUAGUUCCUCCCAGCUCUGCUUCUCCCAGAGUGGCCAGAGAAACCCUGGGACAGCAACCCACAGCCACUGCGAUGCUGCCUCCUGCACCAACCGACUCUCACGCCGACCUCCUCCAAUGGAUGCUGCCUCUAAUGGACUCUUAACAGAACCUGCCCUAAUGGACCCUUAACAGUACCUGCCUCUACUGGAGUCUUAACAGUACCUGCCUCUACUGGAGUUUUAACAGAAUCUGCCUCUACUGGAGUCUUAACAGAAUCUGCCCCUACUGGAGUCUUAACAGUAUCUGCCUCUACUGGACUUUUAACAGAAUCUGCCUCUAAUGGACUCUUAACACAAUCUGCUUCAAUCUCACUCUAACCAGUGCUUGUUCUGAUAGACUUUAACAGACCUGUUCGGAGACUCUAAGAGACUGUGGAAGGCGCCUCCAUCUAAAGGACUCUGAAGGCACCCCCUGUAGUGGACUCUAAUGGAUUCUAUAGGACAUACCUUCUGAUGAACUCUAAAAGGCGACCAUACUAAUGGACUCCAGAAGGCACCCCCUCUGAAGGACUGUAAAGGGCACCCUCUCUGACAGUGCUGCUGUCCUGCCAUGGCCUGUGUGGAUGUGGAGACCCCCAGCACCUGCAGGAGCCGAUUCAGAUCAGCUCUCCAUGUGCGUCUUCAGCAAAGGUGUACCCGUGAGCAGCUGACCCGACAGGGCAUCAUGCCAUCCCUGAAGACUUCGGCAGCCUUCCACAAACAAAUCCGUAGCCUAGAGAGAGAGAGGCAGACAGAAAACUUCCUGAAGCACAGGAUCAGGCGGUGGCCAGAGCGGGUCCGUAUGCACAUCCUGCAAGCAGAAACCCAGGCGGAAGCCUCUCUCCAGGCCGCGCAGCUGAAGCUGAAGAGGGUGAAGCUGGCCGACAGGUUGAGUAAGAAGCUGACGCAGCGCCCCGGGCCCCUGGAGCUGGUGGAGAAGAACAUCCUGCCCGUAGAUUCCACCGGCAAGGAGGCCCUCAGUGUUGGGGAGGUAGGCCGCACAGAGGCACGGGAUGUGUACUCCUUUGAUGAGGACAGUGGUGAUGCACUUUCCCACGAGCAACUGGCCAAUCAGAGGCCACCCCCAGAGGAACCCAAACCGACUGAUGUCCCCAACCCGGCCCUGCAGUCCUGCCCACCCACCUCACAGGCCCCUGCAGACUUCCUCAAGGUUCUCUCCAUCAAAGAGCAGCCAGUCCACCACCCAGGGGCUGCCUCACAGCCAAUCAGCCCAGUCAGUCCUGCCAAGGAGGGCACCACCCUGGUGAAGCACAGCCUGCCCAAAAUAGUGACUGACAGCAGCCGGGGGAAGAAGGCCCAAGAUGGCCGGCCAAAGGUGAGGAAGCUGAAGUACCACCAGUACGUGCCGCCGGACCAGAGGCCCGGGUCCGGCAAGCUGAGCGUGGGCUCGUCCUACGGCCCCCUCCUGCAGCAGCAGCAGCAGCUCUUUCUGCAGCUCCAGAUCCUCGGCCAGCAGCGGCAACCGCACCAGCUCUGCAGCUACCAGGCUGUCCCGCCGGCGCCGCUAACGUCAGUGGCAGGAGGGCAGAAUGAGAGUGUCAGUGAGGCAGUGAGGGGUAAUGAAAGCCAACCCACCCCCACUGUGGUGACCCAGUAUAGUUCUGCCACCACACGGGCAAAUAAUGACCCAAUCAGCAGCAAUACUGCCCUACCUGUCAAGCUCAACGAAAUGAAGGUUGCCAGAUUGAGGCAGGAGCUGAAGCUGAGGAGGCUCCCCGUCUCGGGCACCAAGGCCGAGCUGAUCGAGAGACUGCGGCCAUUCCAGGACGGCCCGGGGGCGGGGUCUCCGGGGAGCACGAGCCCCACGCCCCCGCCCUCCGUCUCCCCCGCCCCCUCUGAGCUCUCCGGCCCCGGCGGUGAGGUCGGGGACCGCCCCGCCCCGGGGGGGCAGGACGAGCGGCUCAGGGACGAGCAGCUCAGGGAGAAGGAGCGGCAGAUCGAGGAGCUGACGAGGAGGCUGCAGCAGGAGAGGCGCAGGGUGGAGGAGCUGAGGAAGCAGCUGGAGGGGGUGGAGAGGCGGGGCCAGCGGGGGGCCGGGUCAGGCCCCGCAGAGGGGGCGGAGCACAGGGCAGGGUCCCCAAACUGCUCAGCUCCUACUCUACCCCUGGUGGUCAAACAGGAGGAGCCUCUCUCAAACCCUCAGCCAGGCCCUCCAAAGGCCCCGCCUGACAACCACAUCCUCCUGCCUGUCUCUUCCACUGCCCUACUGCUGCUUAGCAACAACACCAGCCAGCAGGUCUUCCCAGCAUGCACUACCUCCGGUUCUUGGCACGGUCUCAGCCGUAGCCAGGCAGAGGCCAAAGAAACCCAGAGUUUCCUGAACAGCAGCCAAGCGAGGGGGCCCCUUUCCAGUGCAUCACUGACCCACGCACUUCCCAACGGACCCACAUACAGGUCGCCCAGCUCCAGUGACCACACUCCCAAGGCUAAGGACCCACCCCGCUAUGAGGAGGCUGUCAAGCAGACCCGCAGCCUGCAGGCACAGGUUCCCAUGGUAACCAGCCAUCCAAUGGAUGAUCUGUUUGACGUAUUGAUUGAGAGCGGAGAGAUCUCCCCCACAGUGAGGCAGAGUCUGCCCUCUACCCCAGUUACAGCCAGCAUCAGCACCCUGCCCAUCAGCUCGGCCCUGUCCCGGCCCCCUCCACAGGUACAAGUGGCCCCUCCUACCCCGACCCUUGACCCUGCUCUGACCGCUGACCCCAUUCCCAUCCCGGUCACCCUGGCGUCCGACCGGCAGCUGGAGGCGUUUCUGGAGGACACACUGGCAGGCGUGGCGGAGGGGGCGGGGCCACAGACGCUGCACUGCCCGCUGCUGGACUCCCCCAUGGAGGAUGCCCUGCCCCUCUGCCCUGCAUUUGAGCUGCAGGACGGCGGGGAGGACAUGGACUGGCUGGAACUCCCCACGGCAGUUGGGCCCGGGGAGGUGCUAGGUCCUGAUAGCCCACUGGGCAUCCUCUCCUCUGACCUGCUGGAUGGACAUGGCUUCCAUCUCCACUGGGACUGAGGGUUUCUGGUAAAUCUGGCAACCAGUAAGUUCUGCAGAGUGGAGUUUUUGGGAGGCCUUGUCCAGCACAUAUAUACCUCCAUGGCAGCGAGACUUCCCUCCGGUCUGAACUCCACCAGAGGGAAUGCCCCAUAUUUCAUUCCUGAACAUCGGCAGACUAGCUUCCAAACCAACAGUAACCUGCUUCCAUUGGACACCUAUCUUACUAUUCCACUGUACCCGUCCAAACCUGGCCACCCAAAACCGGGUUGCGGUUACACUGCAGGCUUUCCAGAAAAAGCUUCAGGUAUGUUUGCCAUGAUCAAACUUAUAAAGAAACUGUAUUUUUUUUCUGUGAAAGAAUUGGAUCUUUCUGCUCAUUUUUGGGGUAGAGAAGGUGUGAAGAGUGGGAAGGUGGUGGGCGGACAGAGUGCUGGACCGCUAUGCUCGGGUCAUGCGCUGAGUGUGAGCAGGACAGGAAAGGGGUGCGGCUUUGGGUUGUGCCUGUCACCUGAAAGCAGCUCCAAUAUCCUACCGCCCCAGCAUAACUCCCACAGGAUAUUCCAGUAACAGCUGGACCGGAUACACCACCUUUCAUCUGCGGCAGUUCUGCAUGGCGCUGACUGACCACACCUGUACUUUAUCUUUUUAUAACAAAAUUGUACAUAACUUUAGACAUUUUUUUAUGACAAGCAUAUUCUGUGUAGAGUUGUAGUAGCGCUAAAGGGGAAGAAUUUUGCUGGAUUGAGGCUGGGGAGGGAAAAGAUAAUAAUGUAUCUGUGCAUGCGUGUAUGCAUGCGUGUCUGUCUGUGUGUGUGUGUGUGUGUACCUGUAAAUAACUAUGUGUCCCUAUAGAGGGUGCUGUUGGGUCAGAGAUUUGCAUUACACAGUACUCUCAAUCUGGCCUUAAACAAACCCAGUGUCAGGCUCAGGUGGCUGCCCAGCUCAAGCUCAGCACACACUCCUCAGCAGCACUGGAGCCUGGUCUUCCUGCGCUGCUCAGCCUGCAUACUCAAUACGGUGGAAGAAGGGGUGUGGAACCCCAUCCCUGGAGGACCUAGAUCCAUUACUGGAUUUCGCUCCAACAUCUGUUCUAAAUGACUGCAUUAGCACAGGGGUGUCCAAUCUUAUCUGGCCGGUGUGGGUGCCGGGCUUUGUUUUAGCCCAGGACUACGACACCUGAUUCAACUAAUUAACUAAUCAUGGUCUGCAAUCAAGUUGAAUCAGGGGUCUUAGAGCUGGGCUAAAACCAAAAAAUCUUGCACCCUUUACGGAUAAGAUUGGACACCCCUGCAUUAGUGCAAUCAUUUAAUUUAUCCGGCAUUUUAAAUACGAUUAUUGAAGAGCUCACAAAUGACAGCUGAAGACUGUCCUCGUGUCCCUAAAUGGAUCAUUUUGCAAUGGCUUAAUCCAGUGUUUCUCAAGCAGUUUUUUUUUACCCCUGGCAAAUUCAGCAAAAAUAUAAAAAUCUCACAGAGCAGCAAUUUCUCAGAAGCCAACAACAACAAAAAAA